AGACAAGGGCGAAAACAUCCUCUACUUGUCGCAUAAAAUCCCAGAAAUGGACGAUCUGACCCAGGUGUUUGUGGAAAUUUGGAAUGCCGUUCACGCACCUGACGUGGCCAUGAGCGAUGAGAGCGCCCAAGCCAAAGUCUACCGUUACAUGAAAUUGCGACUAGAAGAAGGCGAAAUUGCGAUCCCGAAAUGUCUGGACACUUAUGUCCAUCGCCAUCUUUUGGCAUGGACCCGCAACGCUUUCCGUGCCAAAAACCUGGUGACUACCAAAGAUUCCUACAAAGUGGACGAUGUCGGCGACGGCCGUGGCCAACAGAUUGUCAUUAUGGACAAAGAGACGGGCGUGGAACAGGCCUCAAUGCACUGGUCCCAAGGGCUGCACCAAUUCAUCCAGCUGAAACACACCCUCAAACUGAGUCCAGUCUCACUGAAAGCCGUUUUCAUGUCCAACAUUGGCUUCUUCAAACAGCACGAAGGAGCGGCCCUGUACGGCAUGACGGGCACGCUGGGCUCGACCGCCGAAUGCCAGUUGCUCCACGACGUGUUCAACGUCGAUUUCUUCAAGAUGCCACGAUUCAAGCGACGCUUCUGCCUCGAGGAAGAUCCCCUUUUGGCUUCUUCCAAAGGUAAAUGGUUGACAAACAUCAACAAAGCGACUCAGACUCAACUGGAUCAGGGACGAGCUGUUCUGAUUGUCUCCGAGAACAUUGCAGCAGCCGAAGCAAUCUACCAAAAGCUACUACAAAGCGAUGACAAGGCAAAGACGUCCAAGAUUGUCAUGUACGUGAGUUCCUUCGACACAGAGUUCCAGAAGAAGCAACACGUUUCCGCUUUGGGUCCUGGUGACGUGAUUGUGGCUACUAAUUUGGCCGGACGGGGAACCGAUUUAAAAAUCAAUGAGCAACUGGCCAAAAACGGCGGUCUGCAUGUCGUCAUCGGGUACAUGCCGCCAAACGCUCGAGUCGAGGCCCAAAUUGAAGGACGAGUGGCAAGAGCCGGGCAACCGGGCAGCUUUCAAUUUGUCCUCUGCCAUUCCAGCGUCAAGAGCAAAGAAGAUUCGAUAUCUGAGCUCCUUCGACUCAAAGUGAAAAGAGACGAUAAAGAAUGUCGCCGAUUGGAAACGAUUCGCAACCGCGGACUUGAAAAGAUUUACCUGGAGGAGAAGCUCUUUGAUCGAUUUCAUCAAGAAAUUUACAACAAAAUGACAAAUGAAUUGGAUACCAACCCUGACUGCGAAAUGCAGAUGAAAUUUUUGACAAAUCGCUGGGCUUUGUGGCUCGACGAGAACGCCGAGCACAUCAACAACGUUCACCUGAAAAAGACUGAUAAUGUGGUCGAGCAGAAUUUUCAAAAUUUCAAGAAAGAAUGUCAGGGCCUUCGCCUUCUUCCCCUUGCAUUCGCACUGACACCAUCGGAGCUAAUGUUGCUGGGAGAUUUCUACGAAACUUCUCCAAAAGUAAAAACUGAUGUAACCAAAAGUGGCUUGUGCUAUGAUAAGGUCAUAAAAGAUGAACCCAAUGCCUGUGAAGGCGCCUUGAUCCGAAAGGCUAAACUGAUAUUGCAGGAGGCCACUUUAGAUCCAAAGAAAGAAGCAAAAGUUUUAUUGAAACGAGUCAAGACUUUAAUAAAACAGAAAAUGGAGUUCCUAACGUCCACGAGCGAACUUGUCAAACUCACAUCCCAAGCUAAUCAGAAGACCGGUGGUGCAGUCCCGAGCGAAAAUCGUUUCGAAGAACAAAUCACCAACCAGUUGAGUCUUUUACAAAUUCAUCUGACGGCGGUGGAGGACAUUCUCGGCCGACCAGUUCGUCAGGUGCUGGGCAUGCAGUUCCAGAAAGAAGAGGAAUUUCGUGAUUUGUUGAAUGUCAUCGAGGCAGGUGCAGGUUUAUGCAAACCGUAUCGCUUGACCAAGAAAAUUAAUUUCUUCAAAACAGACAACGAUGAUGAAACCAUUUGUAUCAAAAGAAACCACCAGACUCAAAAGACUGUCAAAUGGCCGUCAUGUCUAGACCACUGCCAGACGCAAACCAUUCACCUCAUCAAGGAAAAAAGCGAAAAGAAAUCUUACGCAAUCGAGAAAAAGGAACUGGAAAGUGUCAUCGUGACUAGAGAUCAAUUGUGGGAAACGCUUAUUAAAGAAGGUUUUGUCGGUCAAGAGAAAGUUAUUCAGCAGCAUAUCAUUCGUUGGGCGGACCAACAGGUGGACGAUGAAUCAGCCAAGAAACUACUGGACAAUUUACCUAAAGAACUGAUUGGUUACAAUGGACUCCUGGUGAAUUGGCUUCAAAGUCACGAGGGUGAAGACUAUGCAACAGCAGUGGGGACAUUGGGACUUAGCCCUGAACAUUCGUCAGUACUAGAAGAAUUUUUGAAAACCAACAAGAUCCUGUUGUACGUGGAUGAACGUCAUGGGAAACUUUUGAAGAUGUUAAAUUUCAAAUCCGAUAGCGUCCUACCAGAAAAACUGAGAAAACAUUACUGUCUCUUGUCAGCCUGGACACUAUCAGUUGACGGAGCUCGAAUGGAAAUCGACGACGACGUGUCUAGAGAAGACCUUCCGUGCCCGAAGGACAGUAGGGAAGCAGUCGACCAAUUAUGGAAUUACCUGAUCGAGCAGGGCGUCAUCAAAGAGAGCAAAAUCGUAUUCUCUCAUGGACUGAGAUCCGACAAGGACAAAAUUGAAGAGCGGAAAAAUCAGAUAAAAACAACUCUCGAUACCUCAUUGUCCUCUGUGAUUGAUGACAUUUGUAGGAGACACCGCCCUGUCCCAGAACCCGUGACGGAAGUGUCCUACACCGAUAUCCCAGCUUACUUGGCCGAUAAUAAGAUGUCAGCCAUUACCACUGCCUUCGAAUCCAUAAAUCCAUUUGCUAUGAAAGAACUGUUUAAUCGUGAAAAAGAGAACAUGAAAAAAUGGAAGACAGAGCGACAGACGAAGCAACAUCUGGAUGCUUACCGCGCCGAAGUGAAUAUGGCCUUGGAAAAAAGCAUCGGGCAACUCAAGACCAUUCCGAGGGUGACGGCCUCUUUCCAGCCAUUGUCCAAGUAUUUCAUGUCUGAUCCCAAUACGAAACGUUUCCCGGCCGAAGAGAUCCAGAGCUUCCAAGACAAGACGUUCGACGGGGUCAUCACCUUGAAGGCAGUUAAAUCAUGGGGAGAUUAUUGGGAUUGGCGAGUUUUCUUCGUCGCCAUGUUCGCCGUUGCGCAAAUCUCAGCCGGCGUGGCCGUCAUCACGUUUUCCGGUGGAACUUUGUCUACUUUAGGUGGAGCGUUAAUAGCUGAAGGUGUCGGAGAUAUGAUGUUCGCCAUCCAGAACGGUGUGUCCGGGUCUUUUAGCUGGUCAAGUUACGGCUGGCACAAGUUGUGGAGCGUUGGGAUGACUAUUCUCACUGCUGGAUUAAGUUCCUACUUGACUAAAGGAGCGAUGGCGGGCAAGGCGGCUAUGACUGGUUUCCAGGGUAGAGCUGGAUUAUCCCUCUUCUUUGCCGCAGCUAAAUAUGCGCUGGCCAAAUGCGGCAAAGCCAUCCUCUCGUAUUUGACCGGUUUGGGUGUCGACAAGUUUCUCACCUGGCUCAAAACAUUCAUCAUCGAAAACAUCAUCGUCCACAUCAAGUUCCUCAUCAGCAAACUGCUCUUCCCGUUGUUCGAUACAUUGGCAGAGAAGCUGGAGCAAAUAUGGGCAUUGAUGAAGAAACUCGGACGUCAAGUUGGCGAGGCCAUCGGACUGAUUGAUGCCGUCCUGGAAAAAGCUAGCACUUCAGACUUGAGCACACUUUGGGGCCGGCGUGUUGUCGGCCAAGUUGCUUCACUAACCAGUUCCAUCGGCGGUUGUUUCGCCGAGUCAGGAGGUGUUUGGAAAGCUCAGGGCACAGAAGAAUUUAAAGCGAACGAUGCGGUAGGAAUAAACAGCAAGAAGACAUCUUUUAAAUUCGUCGAGUACGCCCAAAAAGCCAAGACAGUUGUCAAAUAUCUGAAAAACGGAGCAGAAGUUGUUGGUCUGGUCAGCUUUGCUCCAGAAUAUGUCAACAAUGUCAAUCAGACGCUGGAUGCAAAGAUAAGAAAGCUAGAGGAUGAAAUUGAGAUUGAAGAGGAGAAAAAGCGAUCCACUGCUGCAGUCCAAUACCAAAUAAUAACAAGUGACAGUGAAAGUUUCGAAUCGGAGGAUGAAGUGGAAUCUGACGACGACGAUGCGACUGAAUCGACUAUGCUCAGUACUGCUGCAACGGAGAGGAGAAACUUUAACGAGUUCAAGGAAAAAGUCAAGGGACGAGUCGAAGGAGACAUUUCCAAGUACAUGGUUGACAGCGUCACAAGAGCCUGGGUUCAACCGUGGCUCCAAAGCAAAAUUGAAGGCGUGGUCGAGCACUACGGCAAAAAGACUUUCCAGGCAAUCGGCUCAAUGUGCCAGGGCUCAGACAUCAAGGGAACGAGCAAUUCUGCUGACCAGGGAAACAAUAAAGGAGACCAGCAAACGGCCAGCGCUGGGAAAGCGGAGGCCGAUGCCGAGAAACUCAAAGAUUCGCUCGGUGAGGACGGGUGCGAAAUUCAAAAGGAUCGCAAUGGCAAUGCCAUUGUCGAGCCGAAAACAUACGAAGAAGUGGUCGACGGCAUAGGCGGUGGCAAAACGGCCGGCCUUCUCGAAAUGCAAAUGAUUGCCGAUGCCCUGAAUUGCAAACUUGAAAUCGUCGACACAGUGGGCGACUUUGCCAAAAACGGAAGUGGAUCAUUCGAAAUCGAUCCGGAAGGCAAGGCGACUGGAACAAUUCAAGUCAAGUACACUGCCAACGAAGACGGUACCAAACAUGUCACCUUAAUCGGACCUGAUGGGAAAGAAAUUGAAAUACCGCCCGCAGUUGACGCCAACGGCAAGCCUGCCCCACCCAACCGAUGCCUUUACGAUGCUGUCGCCAAAUUCCAGAAUUGUUCGACUGACCAGCUAUUGAAUCAAGUUAAAACCCACGCCACUGGCAACAAAAUGGCUCGUUAUUUGUACGACGAAAAAGUGGGCGAAGCUUGUCCGGGAUUAAGAGUGGGCAACAGAACAAGGAAAGAAGGUAGCAAACCGUCUGACAUUUACCACCAUCGUGAUGAAGAGGGUACGAUUCGUACUUACGUAACAACCAUAACGAAAGAGAACAUCGGUGGUGGCAGUAAUGUUACCAAUUCCAUGUACAAAGCUUUGAACGAUGCAGGAAGAAGGGGAGAACCCAAUACGACGGCUGAUGGGAAUGAUGGGAAUACAGAUCAAAAUGACCAGCAGAGAAAACACGCUGGACACGUAAUUGGCUUUGAAAUUGGUGGGAGAGGUGGCCGAAAAGAAAACAACGUAGUAAAUAUGUUAGCUCAACUCAAUUUGGGACCAUACAAGGAAGUAGAAAAUGAAUUGCGCAAAUUCCUCGAAGUUUCGAGUGGUCCAGUUCACGUCAAUGUUGACGUAGACGAAAACAUCCCAUCAAAGGACGUCGAUGCUUUGAAUCCUGUUCAUUUUCGUAUCCGUUUUGCUUCGGAUGAUGGAAAGACGGUCUACAGAAGCCCUCUAUUGAAGAACACGAAAGAGGGUGUACAAGAAUACAAAGAUACGCCCAGAGCUGAACGAGAUGAAUAUUUUCAGGGGGAUCAUUUUGAGAAUCAACGGAAUCAACAGAUCGAGGUUGGUAACAAUCCCAAACCUCCUGAAAAACCCAUCUUAGUGGCUCAGCCGGUAGCAUCGUCGAACGUCACCAAUAUCCGGUCUAUUUACGCCAAAGGGACCGAAGAGACGGAAGACACCAAGUUCAAAGGAUCGUUGUUGCCUUCAAACAUAAAAUACCCGCCUGAGAGCAAAAAGAAGGCAACACCAAGAAAACCGAUUGAAAGUAAGCCUACUCCUAUCGACCCUCCUCAGAAACCAAGAGAUUCGCAAUCUUACCAAAACACAGCUGCUGACUUCUCAAACACUGAGUAUCAAGUAAAAAGACGACAUCAGCAUGAAUAAUCAUUUACCAUUUGUUAAA